AUGGCUCUUGAGCUCUACAUCCCGCCCUGCAUCAAAUCUCCUGCUGGCCAUCUGCAUACACCUCGUAUUGAACAGCCCCUCAGAGUCCAGAUCGAAGGUCCGCGAGAAUCAAUUCAAAAGCUUUUCCCAUCUAUGGUGUGGGAAACCAGUCUGGUAGCACGGAAAUUUCCUCAAAUAGCUGGUCCAGCGCUUGCAGCACUGACGUUUCGGCACAUUUAUGGGAUGGACGUCCGUCCUGAUGUCCGCGGUGAUAUGGUCGUGCGGGACGAAUACAUGGGAUGGGUUAGAGAGGAUAACAAGACAUUAGAGGACAUUGAUUACUAUGGUGUGACGUUCGAUCAUCUAGUUCCCCUUGAUGAUGUCGAUCCCGAAGUAUUACAAAUCAACAUCAUUGAGAUGGAUGAUGAUCAUGGCGAGUAUGCGAAUAAAUACUUGUCAUUCUCAGUUAAUACAUCGGAAUACACUGGGAAGAGAGUAUUGGCUGUCCCUAGAUGCUGCCAGAAACGAAAGGGCACACAAGAUCGCCAAAGGGUGAAUGAAUCGGUCUUGGAAAGGGAUGGGCGGUGUUCAAGUUGCUGA